UUUUAUAAUUUAGAAUAUAACCUACCUGCAGUUGUAAAAUGAAGUUAGAGGGAAUGUACUCAUGGGUGGUGUUAGCUGCUUCCUUCACGACGAUGAUGCUGGGCCCUAGCGUCAACUACGCCAUUGGCGUGUUCCACGUCGCCAUGUUGAAAGAGUUUGAGGAGGACUUGGUUCUUACCACCUGGAUAGGAUCCAUCUUCGGCUGUAUGUUUGCCCUUGCUGGGCCUGUAGCCAGCCUUGUAAUCAAUGUGUUUGGCUGCAGAACAUGCGUGGUUGUGUCAGGGAUUCUUAUGAUGAUUGGGUUUGCUAGCAGCAGUCUUGUGACUGAUAUACGAAUGCUGUUCAUGACAUAUGCUGUAGUAGCAGGUUUAGGCACGGGUCUGGCGGGGACCGGUGCAAUUGUUGUCCUUGGAUACUACUUUCCUGAAAACGCAGCUGUUGCUCAAGGGAUUUGUGUCGCUGGGGCAGGACUAGGCAUGUUUGUGCACCCAGUCUUAGUUCAGUACCUGCUAGAUACAUACGGAUUCCAUGGAGCCUUUCUUAUAACUGGAGGAAUUGUGUUUCAUGCCUCUGCUACUGGUAUGCUGAUGCGCCCUUCUGAGAUUGAACGGAAGAAAAAAAGACAGUUUUCGGGAGGUGGAACACUCAGAAGCAAAAUAAUACUCUUAAUGUGUGGGGACUGUGCCGGGAUUGUGAAUGUCGUCAAGAAUAUAUCGUUCCUACUUUUUGCAGUCAGUAUUUUUUGUUUUGCUCUUGGUGCAUCAACAGAAUAUUUAUUUCUACCAGACUUUUUCAUGAAAGAGGGGUCAACAUUCAAGGACGCUUCCUUCGUGAUAUCAUUGUCCGGCACAGGGAGCGUUAUCUCGCGUAUUCUCACAGGAAUUGCAUCCAAUGACGAGGACAUUGGCAGUGCAAUUUUGCAUACAUCAACCGCUGGCAUCAUGGCUAUUUUCACACUUUUUGUGCCUCUAUUCCAAUCAUCUUCGCAGCUGAAAAAUCUUUAUGGGUUUUUCCUCGGAUUGUACACAGGAGGUGUUUGGGUACUCAUGAAUACAAUAACACUUGACAUUUUGGGACUUCAAAACUUUGCCACUGGUGUUGGUGUGGUUAUGUUUUUCUGUGGAACAGGCUACUUGAUUGGACCCCCAAUUGCAGGGGCCAUUUUGGAAGCGAGUGGUGAUUACUACAAUGUCUUCUUGUUCUCCGGUGCAAUGAUGUUCUCGGCCUCUGCGUUUGGCUUUCUCUCAACUCCAAAGAAAAAUACCCUGAGUCCUCUGGAUGAUACUCUAACGGAACUGAAAGUGUAUAGUGAUAACGCGUUCACUGGCGUUGCAGAGGUUAGAGAGAAUCUCGUUUCACCUUCGGAACAAAAGGAACUGUUGAAUGAUAAAAAUAUAUGAAACCAAUUUGGGUAUUUUGCAGGUACAAUACUCCCUUCACCUUUGACAUGAACUGGCAAUAACCAUGUGUUUGAUCAUACGUAUAUAUAUAUGUAUGUAUUCAAUUAUAACAUGUAUUAAAUGAAGAUCAAGAUGGUAACAUGCCUUGAUAGGUCAUUAAGACACUUUAAUGUAAUAAUGAUGCUAACAGCAUUUAUAUUGCUGCAUGGUUGGCAUAUCCGGGUAUAUUUAACUCAUCCAACUGUUUGUUUUUUGUUUCCUGAAAUCCAAUUAUUUCUCUUUUAGUUAUUAGAUCAAUGUCUGCCUUAUAUUCUAAUCGCUUUCUGAGGCCGCAUACAUUUAAACUUAAGAUAUUAAGACUAUUAUUAAGGUAAUUGUAGAGUUAUUACCAUCAUCAUCAUCGCCAUCAUCAACAACAACAUCCUAGUUGCAACAUUGGCAACUAUAUCAUUAUCACAAUUACUAGCCAAUUCAGAACCAUGUUUUACAGCAUUUACAUUGUAACAAAUGUUAUACUGGAUGUAACACUUUCUUAGUAAAGUACAGACUCUAGUACUUAUUUAGGUUGAGACCCAUCAUGGAUUCGAACCCACACUCCCAGUGUGAGGCACCUAAUCGCAAGCACAUAAAGUCAGCGAUCUAACCCACUCAGCCACCGAGGCUUCCACAACAAUAAAAGUCCUACAGCUGGUUGUCUGUAUCACGUACUGUGUGUAACCCUCUGACAAGUGUAAAUUGGCACUGCUCCAAUGUACAUGGGAUCAUCACUAUCAUCACCAUCAUCAGCAUCAGCAGCAACAGCAACAGCAGCAGCAGCAGCAUAAAUAACA